ACAUCCUCUCUCCUAAUAUCCCACUUUAUAAAUUAAACAUGUUCCAACUCCAAGCACAGCCCGUCCCCCACUUUGCCAUGCAGUCAAUCGAACGCGCGACGCACUCUGCUCCCUCCCCGUCCAUCAACAUGCCCCGGACCCUCGCCCGUCCACCGUUCAUGGAGGUCGACCGCAACACGAUCGCUGCCCUCGCCCCCGAGCUCGCAGAGGUCCCGAUCGAGUACAUUCGCCAGCACCUCGCUCGCCAGGCACAUGGCAUGGUCGCGGCAGUGAACCUGCUCUCCAUCCCGAGCUCGCUCCCCAAGUCGCACCUGCCGUCCGCCCUCGACGCGCCCGUGCGCCCGUCCCCGAGCGCGCCCGCCUCCGCGUCCUUCCCGACGCACGUCCUCGCCGUCACCUCCACCAAACCGUCCUCGUCGUCGCCCACGACACCGACCGCGGCGUCCUUCGCCGCCGCGCAGGCGCAGUCCUCGCACACGGCGAUCCUCUACCCGACGCACUCGCUCGUGCUCGCCGCGCACUGCGCGAACCUGCCGUCGCUGCCGCCCUCGCGUCCCUCGGGCCGCGCGACGUCGCUCACCCUCCCCGUCGUCCCGCUCACCGUGCCCGACGCGACGACGUUCCCGCACCUGCACGCGUUCCUGCACAACAAGCGCGCGGACGCCCUGCUCGCCGCGCUGCUGCCGUCGCUCGCGCAGAGCCUGCCGCGCGCCGACGGCGCGUCGUCCUCCUCGUCCUCCUCGAGCGCGUCGCGCGGCGGUUACACGGCGCAGUUCACCAGCGACCGCCUCGCACGCCUCGCGCAGCACCUCGCCGCCGUCGCGCACUCGCAGGCCGGCACCCAGGGCGGGCUCCAGAUCCUCAUGGCGAACGCCAAGGUCGUCACGAACCUCUGGAAGAACACGUGCGCGUUCGGCAUCUUCGACACCGAGCUCUGGGGCGUCAUCGACCUCGCGUACGAGAUCCUCCUCACCGCGCUGAACCGCAUGGCCAGGCAGUGAGAGCGCACGCACACACAUACGGGGCAGGGACGCUGGUUUCGUCUCUCCCUCUCUCUCCCGGAAUGGCUGCCUUUGGCAGCGCGGACUUCGACCUUAGAGCCUCUCGUCUGUGCCUUGCGGUGCAGAUGCUCCUAGUCUUUUUUUUCUCCUUCUUCGCCUUCUCUGAUGUCUCCCUCAUACCCCACUGUAUCACCUACGUUCUGCACCGGCCCCAAAAGUGUAUCAAAUAUUCAUUCUCGUCUCUGCUGUCUUGGAUAAUACCUAGUCUCCUUCGUAGUUGUUUCGCGGCUGUCUGUACUUAGUGCACCUACUAGUCCUCGUAAUUUGACUCUUCGAUUU